AUGGAUUUCCCACGUGCUAAGGUCGAAGCCUCGCGCUCGGUCGAUUCCUCCAACCCUCGUACGCGUCGCGGUUAUACGUCACUACAGAAUCCAACGAUCGAACAAUCAACGUCAGAAAGCAGUUGGGGACAAAAUGAUGACAUGGACACCCCUUCAAGUGGAGACGAAUUCUCCGAUCAGGCCAAUAUAAAACUUCUACCUUUGAAACAAGAGAGAGCUCGAGAUCCACGAUCCUCGAGCUCCAAAACAAAUGACCCGAAUUCCACUUCCGCCGAUGUCCCGGACGAUGAGCGUGAUAUUUCAAAGCGCAUAAAAACGCUCCUUGACGCAGAUCGCACCCUACUGUCGGAUUCAUUUGCUACGGAUUUGGAGGAAGGACACUCGGGUAGAAGUUCUCUGGCUCUCAGUGAUCGAUACAGCGACGACUAUGGCAUCCCAUCCAACAAGGACUCGCUGUUGAAAGGCAAAAAGAGUGAGGCUGAAGAGAAGGGCUUUAACUGGAGGUCAUUGUUCCGUCUGCAUUCGUGGUGGAACGUUGCUGGCAUGUUUACAAUCGCCCUGUUGGUAGUAUGGUUUUCGAUCAAGGGUUUACCCUGGUCAUCUGUGGAAGUGGCCGUUGAUGAAUUUAAAGCGGUGCCCUGGUACCCUACCCCCCUCGGUGGAACAAGCGAACAAUGGAAGGAAAGUUAUGUCAAGGCACAAGAAAUGGUGAGAGAAAUGACCCUCGCGGAAAAGGUGAACGUCACAACUGGCACAGGUUGGCAAAUGGGACUAUGUGUUGGCAAUACUGGACCUGCCGAACUCGUCAAAUUCCCUUCCCUUUGCCUACAAGACGGUCCACUUGGAGUCAGAUUCACGCAAAACAUUACAGCCUUUCCUGCAGGGAUCACCACGGGCGCGACAUGGAACCGUGAGCUUAUGGGAAUGCGGGGCUUUGCACUAGGCGAGGAAGCGCGGCUAAAAGGUGUGAACGUUAUACUCGGUCCAUCCAUGGGACCGCUUGGCAUGAUGCCUGCCGGUGGUCGUAACUGGGAGGGAUUUGGUUCAGAUCCAGUUUUGCAAGGCGUGGGUGCAGCAGAGACCAUUCGGGGUAUCCAGCGGAACGGGGUCAUGGCCACGGCGAAGCACUUUAUUGGAAAUGAACAAGAACACUUUCGUCAGGCAUUUGACUGGGGUACUCCAACUGCACUCUCGUCAAAUAUUGAUGAUCGCGCAUUGCACGAGGUCUUUGCCUGGCCCUUCGCUGAGAGUGUACGUGCAGACGUGGCCAGCGUCAUGUGCUCCUAUCAAAUGGUCAAUAACAGCUAUGCUUGCGAGAAUAGUAAACUUAUCAAUGGACUUCUGAAAGACGAGCUCGGCUUUCAAGGCUUCGUGCAGUCAGACUGGUUGGCUCAGCAUACAGGCGUUCACAGCGCCAUUGGGGGCCUUGAUAUGAGCAUGCCCGGUGAUGGCCUCCAUUGGGCCGACGGUAUCCCGCUCUGGGGAAGUGAAUUGACUCGCGCAGCAUUGAACACAUCUGUUCCCAUGGAGCGCUUGAACGAUAUGGUCACUCGUAUCGUGGCCGCCUGGUACCAUCUCGGACAGGACUCGUGGGAGCCCCCUGCACCAGAUGGCAACGGUGGGCCGAACUUCUCGUCCUGGACUAAGGAGCGAGUCGGACAUCUGCACGAAGGCUCGCCGGAUAACGAUGCAACUGAUGUAGUCAACAAAUUUGUUGACGCACAGGGAACAGGCGAGCAUGCUCAUUCUAUUAUUGCUCGCCAGAUCGCUGCUGAAGGCACCGUGCUUCUGAAAAACAUCAAUAACACUCUGCCCCUCUUGCGCGACAAGUCCACACCGAAUGGUAAAUACCGGGUCGGUGUAUAUGGUGAAGACGCUGGGCCUGGUCGAGGACCGAACGCUUGUAUCGACCGUGGAUGUAACCAAGGAACCUUGGCCUCUGGUUGGGGCAGUGGAGCUGUAGACUUCCCGUACUUGGUUAGUCCGUGGGAAGCCCUGCAGCAUGCGUGGUCGAAAGACUCUGUCGAUGUUAAAGCUUAUUUGACGAACACUGUUGUACCUCAAGACCUUGGAGAGCAGGAUCUCUGUUUGGCUUUUGUGAACGCCGAUGGCGGCGAAGGAUAUAUCCGCGCUGAUGGCAUUGAUUCAGACCGAAAUGACCUGUUUCUACAGAAGAACGGCACUCAAUUGGUUGAGGUUGUAGCCAAGCACUGCGGCGGUGGCCAAGGUAAAACAGUCGUCAUUGUACACUCCAUUGGCCCCGUUGUGAUGGAAACUUGGAUCGACCUUCCUGGAGUACACGCUGUAGUAUAUGCCAAUCUACCGGGACAGGAAAGCGGCAAUGCGUUGGUGGACGUUCUAUUUGGAGAUGUCGACGCCAGUGGACGACUGCCAUAUACCAUCGGACGAAGGCUAGAAGACUAUGGUCCAGGGGCGCAAGUCCGGUAUGAGAAUCCAGACCCAUCCGUUCCACAGGUGGACCUCGACCAGGGUCUGUAUAUCGACUACCGUUAUUUCGACAAGUUCAACAUUACUCCCCGGUACGAGUUUGGCUUUGGCCUAUCAUACACAACCUUCGACUACACUGCACUCAGUAUUGAAAAACUGCAGAAGAAAUCCGAGUGGCCUUCCAAACGACUCACAAACGAAGUUCAACCUCCCGCAUACGACAACAAACAGGACAACCCCACCAGCAGUCUAUUCCCUCCUGGUUUCCGUGCACUCAGCAAAUACAUCUACCCCUACCUCACCACUCUGGAAGGAACCGCACCGGGCCCAUACCCAUACCCGGAUGGAUACAACGAACCCCAUGACCCAUCCGCCGCAGGCGGCGGACCAGGUGGGAAUCCGUCCCUCUACGAGCCUAUGCUCGAGCUCACCGUCGAAGUGAAAAACACCGGCACGCGCACAGGACAAGAUGUGAUACAGGUGUAUGUCUCCUUCCCCGACGGUGUCGCCGAGCACCGCGGACUGGGCUGGUCCCGUGAGGCAAUUGAGUUCCCCGAACGUGUUCUGCGGAAUUUUUCCAAAGUCCUCCUACAACCAGGCGAGACCAGAAAUGUCAAGAUGACGUUGACUCGGAAAGACCUCAGCUAUUGGAGCGUUCGCGCGCAGAACUGGGUGUUGCCUACAGAAGGUAAAUUCCGGAUCUGGGCGGGGCGUAGCUCUAGGGAUUUACCCCUCGUGGUCGAGUUUUAA